AUGGCCACCACACAACCUCCGGUCCGAUUCACCGGCCAUGAAGCGCUCGCGCACCGUCUCGUCCUAUCAACCAUCACCGGACGAGCUAUCCAUGUCUCUCAGAUCCGUUCUGCUUCACUCAAUCCCGGCCUGACGCCCUAUGAGAUAUCCUUUCUGCGUCUGUUGGAAGCAGUCACCAAUGGCUCUCACCUGGAAGUCUCCUACACGGGAACUAUCCUGCUCUACAAACCAGGCCUUAUCACCGGAAGCGCAGCCGGAGUCGGUGCAAACCGCGGCGUCGUGACGCAUGAACUCCCAGCUGGAUGCACUCGUGGAGUGAGCUACUUCUUGCUGCCGCUUUGUCUUUUGGCACCCUUCUCCAAGGCCCCCGUUAAUGUCCUCUUCACCGGCCCUGGAGUCAUCACAUCCUCUACUCCGUCAGGCGACAUGUCUGUCGAUAGCGUCCGGACUGCUAUACUCCCCCUAUACGCUCAGUUUGGGAUCUCUAACAACGUCGAACUCCGGGUAUUGCGGAGGUCGAAUCCUGGACCUAACGGCAAGGGAGGCGGGGGUGAGGUUCAGCUCGUGUUCGGCCAUCAGGUUCGACUCCCAAAGACGCUUCACCUCCUGAAUCCCGGCAAAGUAAAGAAGAUCCGUGGUGUAGCAUACUCUACCGGCGUCUCGGGUACCAAUAACGCUCGUAUGAUCGAUAUCGCUAGAGGAAUUCUUAAUCCCUUUGUGUCAGAUACCUACAUCUUCUCUGAUGUCUCUGCUGCCCCUCUAGUCCCUGCUCCAGAUAGGAACAACCCUUCAGCGAAGAAGAAGAUUGGCGUUGGUUUUGGUCUUUCUCUCGUAGCCGAGUCGUCGACCGGCUGUCUGUACUCUGCUGAUGUGGCAUCACCGCCGUCUGGAGGGCAGCCACCUGAGGAUAUCGGGAAGCAGUGUGCUUACCAGCUGCUAGAAUCGAUCGCGACGGGGGGCUGCGUGUCCACGACCGCGGCGCCAACGAUUCUCACCCUCAUGUCGAUGGGUUCAGAGGACGUCGGACGUUUGCAGGUGGGCAGAGACGUCGUUUCUAACGAAACCGUUGUCCGCCUUGCGAGAGACCUGAGCAAGCUCGGGGUCGCGGGAUGGGGUGUCAGGGACGCUCCUGACUCUGACGACAGAGAUAUUAUUAUCAGCGUUGUUGGAAGAGGUAUUGGAAAUGUCGGCAGAAAGAUUGCUUGA